AUGUGGAGACUAGACCUCUUGGAAGUCAAGUUCAAUGACGCCAAUGCCCGGUUUCCUCAUACCAAGAAGUUAAUAGGAGCCCGAAAUAAUGACAAACUUCUUAGAAAGUUACCUAAGACUAUUGAAGAAGCUCAUAGGGAGAUACUUGCCUUAAAGAAAGAGUAUUUCGAUAGAAAGUUUCAUGGAUCAUAUAAGAAGUUAGAUAAGGAAGUUCGUAAGCAAUUCAAAUCAGAUUUACAAAAAUUGACUAAUGAUAAUACUAAAUCAGAUAUAGUUCGAUUCUUUGAAACUCAAACUAAUGUGGACUUAUUAAUCAGAUCAAGAUUAAUUAAAUGUAUAGUGACAUCUAUUUUGACUACUAAGCAAUUAAAGGAAUCCCCAUAUGAAUUUAUAGAUAAUGAGAUUAGUGUUGCCAUAGUAGAUAAGAACCAACAACUGAAUCCCACUAACUUCUUUAAGACUUACUGUCAGAAUAAUAAUGUACUCAACAAUUACAUAUCCAGCUUAUGGAAUAAGAAGAACAUUAAGGCAGUUUUAGAAGAAAUAGAGUGGGCCUUUAAAAUGGUCAGAGGUAACUUAACUAAGGAGGAAAGAGCCAGUAGGGGUAAGACUGUGGAUGUUGAAGAAGCAGAUGGUGAUAGUGAUUCCGAACAAGACUCUGAAGAUUCAGAGUCUGAAGCAGAUUCUGAAGAAGUUUCUGAAGCAGAAGCAUCUGACAGUGAUGAUGUAGAGAUGGACAUUGAAGAAGCAUAUGAAAAGUUUGCAGUAUACGAUAAGCUCGUAGGAGAUUCAGAAGAAGAAGAAGCAGAAGAAGAACAAUUUGAUAUCAAUCCAAACGUGAACUACAACGAAGUGACUGAUGAUGAACCUUCUGGACUGGACUCAAACGAUUCAGAAGACUCAGAGAACUCUGAUUCUGACUCCAAUGAUUCUCUGUCGGGUUCAGCCAAGAAAAGUAAGGCUGAUAAAUACAACUUGCCGGAAUUAGCUUCAGGAUACUUCUCGGGAGGUUCAGACGAUGAAGAUGAUGACAUAGAUAAUGACAGUGUAGUAAAAGAAAUCACCACCCAACGUAAGAACAGAAGAGGACAGAGGGCUAGACAAAAGAUCUGGGCUCAAAAGUAUGGUAAAGAAGCUAAGCAUAUCAAAGAGGAACAACAAAAGGCUGCUAGUGAACGAGAAAUUAGAAGACUUGAGUAUGAAGAAAGAAAGAGAAAGAGAGAAGCCAAAGCUGCUUUAGCCAAUGCUCCUUCAGGAGCCAAUGUAGCACCACUUGGAGAAAGAAAAUCUCGUUCAUCUACUCCAGUACCUGUGGCAGCUGAAAAUAAUAAUAAACCUGCAAGUGAAAGUAUUCACCCUUCAUGGCAAGCUAAGAAGAUUGCCGAAGAAAAGUUAAAGAAUGUCAAAUUUACAGGUAAAAAGAUCACAUUUGAUUAG